UCUGUAUUAUGUUGUUCACACAAACAAUACCAUGCGUUAUUUGCAUCUCACUCGACUUGGAAUAAUAAUCGGACUAUGUGCAACGUUUAUUGUAUUUCUUCCAAGCUGCGUCAAUGGUGGCCAUCUUUCCUGGUCCAAAGUAUUGGUCAGACGUUCUGUACCCAAGGACACCGACAAUGAGGACGAUCCAAUUUCACAAAUACCCCAAAUAUCUUCAUACGUGCAACCAGCUUCAAAAUUCAGCUUGACGAGUGUAUUGAAGCCAUCGGGAUCACCACACAAAACUUCAAAAGACAACAAAGACGCUAAAAUCAGUUUGUCUCAUACUUCUGAAGCAAAGCUUAGUUUAUCGAACGCCCCUGGCGCACAGGCCAGUUUGACUCAUACAUCAGAGACCAACCACAGCAUACAAGUUUCAUCCGGAGGAAACGCAAGUGUUACUACAUCGGUUUCAUCGAAUAUCAGUAUUUCAGACGCACCAAGAGGUGCUUCUAAAUUUAGCUUAACAAAUGUCCCUAAAGCACGAACAGAAAAUAAUAGUACAGUAAAAGCUCAAGCCGGGUCAUCUUCGAAAUCUUCAGGAAAUUGUCAAACAUGCGUGCAUACACAGAUACAACUUCAGCUUAAUCCCGCACAGAUACAGCCAGUUAUAAGUCCUGAACCGAUUUUCAAAUGCCCCGAAGAGUCUGUCGAGAUCAACUGUCUGAGCUGCAAGUGGAGGGUUUACAGACAAUGCCCUGUGCACAAUGCUGUCCUCAUUACGGAAAUCCACAUUUUGGAAGAGUUCCAUGCCUCAAACGGCAACUGUACUGUGGGAGACCAUGACCACGACAACUUCGGUGUUCUGGGACCAAGUGACAUAUGGGUCAACCAUGGCUGCAGGGCAAGAUUCCUUGUUUGCUAUCACAAAGGUAUACCCCGAGCUGAGAACGAUCCAAAGACUAUGAACUGCAUGUCUACGACAAGUAAACACAUGUGUCCAUUCAGACUGCCAAAAAUCCACACAAUAACCAAGGUUACGAUACUGUGGAGCUACGGAAGCCAACGGUGCACGGAGCUAACAACCUGGGGAUACACAGACAAGAAUCUCUGGGUUGACAAGGGCUGUAGCGCCACCUUCCGCGUGUUUUACACUUUGGGGUCAAGUGAAACUCCGUAGGGAUGAAAACAUCUCAAGCUGGACUUUGGCACAAUUCUAACAUCACUCUUCCAAUGUUUAGAAUGCUUUGUAAAUACAGAGAUUAUAAUAAC